CUCUCUUUCUCUCUCUCUCUAGAAACCCAAAUCUUCACUGAAAUCUCUCUCGCACUUUCUCUCUCUCUCUAGCAUUCGAUUUAUGCUCUUUCUCUCGCAUCACUUCCCGAUCGCUUCCUCCGAUGACUCUCGUUUCCUCGCCAACUAUGGCAACCUUUUCAUCCACAGCUUCCAAUCAGAUUCGAUUUCUGCUCAACUCAUUGAAUCAACUCAACUUUGACUCUGUUCUUCAACAACUCUCUCAGUUCACCGAGUUUGGAACAGUUGGAUGCAUUUUGUUGCUACAAACCUGCUUGGAUCACUUUAGUUAUGUCGGAAGAGAUAUAAAAGAUAUGCAACAUGAGCCAAUUCUGGCGGCAGUCGUUAAGUACCUAUUGGACAGACCUAACUUCAGCACAGUGUUUUCUGAGUCAAUGAAGAAUGUAGAUGUUAAUGAUAGCUUUCUCAAAAGCUUUUGUAAUGGAUUACAUUUGUCCUUAUUGGAAAAAAUUGCCAUCAGUCUUGCUUUAUCAGAUUCUGACAAUCCCGAUGUCAGGCAAUGUGGCAAGCAUUUUUGCAUGGCUCAGAUUGAAGAAUUGUGUGCCAAUCCCGGUUCUUUGAGUUUCCAUGAGCAAAUUCACAGUGUUAUCAUGUUCCUCAGGCAUUCUGAGGGUCUUUCUGAGCAUGUAGAUUCCUUUAUGCAGCUAUUAUCGCUGGUGCAGGUCAAGGACACACCUCCUUUUGUUUUGACCCCGUUGCUACCUGAUGAGAUGCACGAGGCUAAUAUUUUACGGUGGAAUUCAGAGUUCCUCCAUGAGUGUGAAGAAAACGAUUUUGAUGCUAUUUUGGCAGACAUACAAAAGGAAAUGAACAUGGGGGACAUUGUGAAGGAACUAGGUUAUGGAUGCACAGUUGAUGUCUCGCAGUGCAAGGAAGUACUGUCACUCUUCUUACCUUUGACUGAUAAUAUGCUCUCUAAAUUACUUGGUGCUAUUGCACACACGCAUGCUGGGAUGGAGGAUAACCAGAGCACAUUCUUAACUUUCGGCGCGGCCCUUGGAUACAACAACCUGUCCGAGUUACCACCACUCAACUCUUGGAAUAUUGACGUGUUGAUAGAUACAGUCAAGAAUCUUGCGCCACAAACCAAUUGGGUCCGGGUUAUUGAAAAUCUUGAUCAUGAAGGAUUUUACCUUCCCAGUGAAGAAGCAUUCUCUUUUCUUAUGUCUGUUUAUAAACAUGCCUGCAAGGAACCAUUUCCCCUCCAUGCCAUCUAUGGGUCUGUCUGGAAAAAUACCGAGGGUCAGCUGUCUUUCCUCAAACAUGCCGUAUAUGCACCACCAGAAAUAUUUACCUUUGCACACUCUGCGAGGCAACUGGCUUAUGUUGAUGCGAUCAAUGGCCACAAGCUUCAGAAUGGACAUGCAAAUCAUGCAUGGCUGUGUAUUGACCUUUUGGAUGUCCUCUGCCAGCUAGCUGAGAAGGGUCAUGCCAGUGUUGUUUGGUCAAUCCUUGAUUAUCCCCUGAAACGCUGUCCAGAAAUUUUGCUUCUUGGAAUGGCACAUGUUAAUACUACUUACAACCUCUUCCAGAGAGAAGUAUCUAUGAUUGUUUUUCCCAUGAUAGUAAAAAGUGAUGCUGGCAGUGGAAUGAUUCUACACCUUUGGCACAUUAAUCCCAAUCUGGUCCUGCGAGGCUUUAUGGAUUCUCAAAACAUCGAUGUAGACAGCAUUGCGAAAAUUGUGGACAUCUGCCAAGAGCUUAAGAUUCUAUCAUCAGUGGUCGAAAUUAUUCCCUCUUAUUAUAGUGUAAGGUUAGCAGCUGUUGCUUCAAGUAAAGAAAUUCUUGACCUUGAGAAGUGGUUGAGUAACAACUUAACUACAUACAAGGAUGCCUUCUUUGAGGAGUGCCUGAAGUUCUUGAAGGAAGUCCAAGCUGGCGGAUCACAAAAUCUAUCUGGCCAAUCUUUUAAUCAGCCUGGUGGUGUUCUGAAUCUUUCUACUGAGACAACUGCUACAUUCUUGAAGGUUCUUAAAUCUCAUACUGACCUGGUUACCUCUGGACAACUUUCUGAGGAGUUGGAGAGGUUGAAUAUAUCUAUUAUAGAUUCAAAUCCAAGGCUUCAAAAUAGUGAAACUACUGAUUCAUCUACUUCUGAUACCACAUUUUCGCAAGAAGUUGAAAACGAAGCAAACGGUAUCUUCAAAGAUAUGUAUCAUGAUGUGAUUACUGUCACUAAAAUGGUGGAAAUGCUAAUUGAACGCAAGGAAUCUUCUUCGGAAAGGGAGAGAUCAAUUUUUGAGUGCAUGAUUGCAAACUUGUUUGACGAGUAUAAGUUUUACCCAAGGUAUCCAGAACAUCAACUGAAAAUUGCCGGGGUUGCCUUUGGUUCUGUGAUCAAGCAUCAUCUUGUGACACAUCUCUCUCUUGGGAUAGCUCUUCGAUAUGUUCUCGAUGCAUUGCGCAAGCCUGCAGAUUCUAAAAUGUUCAUGUUUGGAAGUUUGGCAUUGGAGCAGUUUGUUGAUCGUCUUGUUGAGUGGCCACAAUAUUGCAAUCACAUUUUGCAAAUAUCCCAUUUGCGCAGCACGCAUUCAGAAAUAGUUACUUUAAUUGAACAGGCUCUUGCUAGGAUAUCCUCUGGUCAUACAGAUGUAGAUGGGAUGAGCCAUACUUCUGUUAUCAGUAACCAUAGUUCUACAUUUGGUCAUGUAGAGAUUUCUGGCUCUGGCAUCACACAACCUGGACAGAGACGUGAAAAUCAUUUGGAUGAUCGUCAGAAGACCUCUGUUGGUUCAUCUACAGAUAUGAAGCCACCAUUAGCGUCUAUAGGGCAAUCUCCAGUAAUUACACCGACCGACGCUCCUAGUGCCAAUAAGCCGCAGCCAAUGUUAUCAUCAUCAUCUCCUGGUUUUGUCCGUCCGUCCCCAUCCCCGUCCCGUGGAUCUGCUUCUGCCAAGUUUGGAUCUGCCUUGAAUAUUGAAACUUUGGUUGCUGCUGCAGAGAAAAGAGAAACUCCUAUUGAGGCUCCAGGAUCAGAGGUCCAGGACAAGAUAUCGUUUAUAAUUAAUAAUAUCUCUUCUACUAACAUCGAAGCCAAAUCAAAGGAGCUCACAGAAAUUUUGAAAGAGCAGUACUAUCCAUGGUUUGCCCAGUAUAUGGUCAUGAAAAGAGCAAGCAUUGAGCCGAAUUUCCAUGACAUGUACCUGAAAUUUCUGGACAAAGUUAAUUCAAAGGCUUUGAACAAAGAGAUUGUUCAGGCAACAUACGAAAAUUGCAAGGUUCUUUUAGGAUCAGAACUCAUAAAAUCAAGUUCAGAAGAGCGUUCCUUGCUUAAAAAUCUUGGUAGCUGGCUUGGGAAGUUGACAAUUGGACGGAAUCAGGUUUUGAGGGCUCGUGAAAUAGAUCCCAAAUCUCUGAUUAUAGAGGCAUAUGAGAAGGGGCUGAUGAUUGCUGUUAUUCCGUUUACUUCAAAGGUCCUUGAACCAUGCCAAAGCAGUCUUGCUUAUCAACCCCCUAAUCCUUGGACCAUGGGCAUUUUAGGAUUGCUUGCUGAGAUUUGUUCAAUGCCAAACUUGAAAAUGAACCUCAAGUUUGACAUAGAGGUUUUAUACAAAAAUCUUGGUGUAGAUAUGAAGGAUGUCACACCAACUUCUCUUCUGAAGGAUCGUAAAAGAGAAAUUGAAGGAAAUCCCGAUUUCUCUAAUAAAGAUGUUGGGGCAUCUCAAUCACAAAUGAUUUCUGAUAUAAAACCUGGCCUUGUUCCUCCAGUAAAUCAGGUGGAGCUACCGCCUGAAGUCUCCAAUCCAUCUAAUAUGCUGUCUCAGUAUGCUGGUUCUCUUCAUAUUUCCACCGGAACGAUGAUGGAAGAUGAGAAAGUAGCACCUCUGGGCUUGCCUGAUCAACUACCUUCUGCUCAAGGACUGAUACAAGCAAAUACUACCCCAGCAUCUUUCCAGCUCCCAACUCAGAUACAAAGUAUUGGAACUCAUGUUAUUAUAAAUCCAAAGCUCAGUGGUUCUGGAUUACAGAUUCAUUUCCAAAGAGUGGUGCCCAUUGCGAUGGACAGAGCCAUCAAAGAUAUAGUGUCCAGUAUUGUGCAGCGCAGUGUUUCCAUAGCAACCCAAACAACAAAGGAACUUGUUUUGAAGGAUUAUGCCAUGGAAUCAGAGGAGAAACGUAUUAAAAAUGCUGCACACUUGAUGGUUGCUAGUCUGGCUGGGAGUUUGGCUCACGUCACAUGCAAAGAACCGUUACGGACAUCAAUAUCAAAUCAGCUGAGGACUGCACUUCAGAAUUUAGGUAUUGCAAAUGAAAUUUUGGAACCAGCUGUGCAACUUGUCACCAAUGAUAAUCUAGAUCUUGGAUGCGCAGUCAUUGAACAUGCCGCUACUGACAAGGCAAUAAACACCAUCGAUACAGAGAUUAGUCAACAGCUUUCGUUGAGAAAAAAGCAUCGAGAAGGUAUGGGUUCUACAUUUUUUGAUGCAAAUUUGUAUCCACAAGGUUCUAUGGGUGGUGUUCCAGAGCCCCUGCGCCCCAAACCUGGUCAGCUGUCCCUGUCACAACAGCGUGUCUAUGAGGACUUUGUUCGACUUCCUUGGCAAAACCAGUCUAGCCAGAGCUCACAUUCAAUGUCUGCUGGCGCUGCUGUUCAAUCUGCCACUAGUGGUCUCACUGGCACAAAUGGUCCUGCACCGGGACAGAUAAACCCUGGUUACUCCCUAAACACAGGAUAUGAGGGUGUCUCUCGACCGCUAGAUGAUAUGCCAGAAUCUAAUUAUGCUCAACAUUUUAGUGCUUCGCCAAUUCACAUUAGAGCAGCUGACAAUGUUUCCCAGCAGAGUUUGGAGAAAGACUCUGUUGCCUCAUUUCCUUCAACUGCUUCCACCCCUGAGUUACACACGAUGGAUUCUUCAGAUGCUGGGAAAGAAUCCGGAGCUUCUUCACAACCACUGAUAUCAUCCGGUGCUGUUGAGCGCAUUGGAAGUAGCUUCUUGGAACCCUCUCUCACUACAAGGGAUGCUCUGGAUAAAUACCAAAUUGUCGCACAAAAGUUGGAAGCUUUGGUCAACAAUGAUUCGAGGGAAGCAGAUAUUCAGGGUGUCAUUUCUGAGGUACCUGAGAUCAUACUCAGAUGUGUUAGUCGAGAUGAGGCAGCUUUAGCUGUGGCUCAAAAGGUUUUCAAGGGCUUAUACGACAAUGCUUCAAACAACGUUCAUGUUUGUGCUUAUCUUGCAAUCCUGACUGCCAUUCGCGAUGUUUGCAAGCUUGCUGUCAAGGAGCUUACUAGUUGGGUAAUUUACUCGGAAGAAGAAAGGAAAUAUAAUAAAGAUAUUACUGUUGGUCUCAUUGGCAGUGAACUGCUAAAUCUAACCGAGUACAAUGUUCAUUUGGCAAAACUUAUUGAUGGGGGAAGAAAUAAGGCUGCUACAGAGUUUUCAAUAUCUCUUCUUCAAACUUUGGUCAUCGAGGAACCGAAAGUUAUUUCUGAACUUCACAAUCUUAUUGAUGCUUUGGCAAAGCUUGCCACAAAGCCUGGAUAUCCCGAAUCGUUACAACAACUUCUUGAGAUGAUCAAGAACCCUGCUGCUCUAUCUGCUAGUAAUGUUGGAAAGGAGGAUAAGGUGAGGCAAUCAAGAGACAAUAAGGGUCCUGGUCUGCAAGUUGCAAACAGGGAAGCAUUGAACAUUGUAGAUUCUGUUGAACCUGAUCCUGCUGGAUUCCGUGAACAGGUUUCCAUGUUGUUUGCUGAAUGGUAUAGGAUAUGUGAACUUCCCGGUGCCAAUGAUACAGCUUCUACCCACUUCAUCGUGCAGUUGCACCAGAGUGGGCUGCUUAAGGGAGAUGAUAUGCCAGAUCGCUUUUUCCGCCUGUUGAUGGAAAUUGCAGUUGCACAUUGCUUAUCCACUGAGGGGAUUAAUUCAGGGGCACUGCAAUCUCCUCAACAGAUGCCGACAAUGUCAUUUCUCGCAAUUGAUAUUUAUGCAAAGCUUGUCUUCUCGAUUUUGAAGGGAUCAAGCAAACUUCUCUCCAAGAUUCUGGCAGUUACCGUCAGAUUCAUUGUAAAAGAUGCAGAGGAGAAGAAGGUUUCUUUUAAUCCAAGACCAUUUUUCAGAUUGUUCAUCAAUUGGCUUCUGGAUCUCGGCUCACUUGAGCCUGUUACUGAUGGUGCAAAUCUGCAGAUUUUGACUGCUUUUGCCAAUGCAUUUCAUGCUCUACAGCCACUCAAAGUUCCUGGAUUCAGUUUUGCCUGGCUGGAGUUGGUUAGUCAUAGGAGCUUCAUGCCAAAAAUGCUGACUGGUAAUGGUCAAAAAGGCUGGCCUUAUAUCCAAAGGUUACUUGUAGAUUUGUUCCAAUUUAUGGAGCCUUUUCUGAGGCAUGCCGAACUAGGAGAUCCGGUCCGUGUUCUCUAUAAAGGCACACUUAGGGUGCUCUUGGUGCUUCUUCAUGACUUUCCAGAGUUCCUAUGUGACUAUCACUUUACCUUUUGUGAUGUUAUUCCUCCAAGUUGCAUUCAGAUGCGAAAUAUCAUCCUAAGUGCAUUUCCGCGUAGUAUGAGGCUGCCAGAUCCUUCAACUCCAAAUUUGAAGAUUGAUUUGCUUCAAGAAAUAACUCAAUCCCCUCGUAUUCUUUCUGAGGUUGACGCUGUAUUGAGAGCAAAGCAGAUGAAGGCUGACAUAGAUGAAUACCUUAAGACAAGGCAACAGAGUUCACCAUUUUUAUCUGAAUUAAAAGAGAAGCUACUCCUCUCACCCAAUGAAGCUGCCUCUGCCGGCACUCGUUACAAUGUGCCAUUAAUCAACUCCCUUGUACUGUAUGUCGGGAUGCAGAAUGUUUGGGCUAUUAAUGUACAGGCAAUCCAGCAGCUCGAGGGACGAACUCCCCAUGCACAAUCAGCAACAAAUGCAUUCCAACAGCAUCUAUAUUCUCCUACAAAUACAGAUGUUAUCGCUGCUUUGGAUAUUUUCCAGACACUAAUCAAUGACUUGGACACUGAAGGACGCUACCUUUUCCUAAAUGCUGUUGCUAACCAACUACGUUAUCCCAAUACUCACACACACUACUUCUCCUUUGUCAUCCUUUACCUGUUUACAGAAUCAAACCAGGAAAUAAUUCAAGAACAAAUUACAAGAGUCUUGCUAGAACGCCUCAUUGUAAACCGACCUCAUCCAUGGGGCCUCCUCAUUACUUUCAUUGAGCUGAUCAAGAACCUAAGGUAUAAUUUCUGGAACCGAUCUUUCAUAAGAUGCGCACCAGAGAUCGAAAAGCUUUUUGAAUCAGUCUCGAGAUCUUGUGGAGGUCCAAAACCUGUGGAUGAGAGUAUGGUCUCGGGUUGGGGUCUGACAUAACUAUAUACUAAGUUGGUUUUUCUUUGUAAUUUUGUUUAGGCUAGCUAUCUCAUAACAAACCAUGCUAGACUGGCAUAUUUAUGUACUGUUGAUCGAUCGUUCCAACAUAUGCUUUUUUUUUUUCUCAUUGUAAAUGAUAUAAUUUUGUGAAGUGCUCUUUUUAUCUUUUAACUAUUUACAAGCUUCUCCAGACCAUACUGGUCCAUGCAAAGGGUUUGUUAACUA